AUGCCCGAAAAAGUUGCCCGAUUUCGAAGAGUCCCGUGUCAGCAUAAGGAAUGGAAAGUUUGGUGCAAGUACUUGGUAGAAAGGAUGCUCUCGGAAGAUGUUGACGAAGAACUUAUCGUAACUGUUUGUCGCGAUGCUAUCGUUACUAAGGAGUGGACAGCUUCUGACUUUAGUAAGACACCACUUACUGAUAACUAUGAGAAUCACGACCGGAAACAGUCGUGGUCCGAUGCUGUUGAUGAGGAAUUCGAAGAGAUGAAUUUCUCUGCUCCUAAAGACUUUAAUAAUGGAAAGAUUCAAGUAAAGUUUCUUUUUGAAAAUCUCGAACAUCCCAUCGACAGUAUUACGAAUAGUAGCGAUACAGACUCUGGUUUCGGUUCUGACGACGGUUUCACCAAGCGACAACCUCGUGAUUAUAGUUCAGCGCAAAAGUCAUUUACUGCAAACCUCGACCUUGGGGUGAGCAACGGACUUGCGGACAUCAGCGUGAAGCAGCCAAUGACUACUCUACCAGUCCCAGUAGCCAUUGGUCAUCCUACCAUCAAUGAACGAGAACGUCUGGAACAAAGACGCAAAGAAAAGGAAGAACAAGUUCAACACGAGAAAAACAUCGUGAUUGGUGGGGUCAAGAGCGUCUACCUGGGCCUGGAUUCACUAACUUUAAGCAAUCUGGUCAUGUCGAUAAUCAACCCUCCUGGCCAGUUAACCAUUCAUUCCCUCGCCGUACUCGUGCUAAGAGCAUUUCUCGUUCUCCAAAUGAGAAAUCAUUUGUCGAUACUGAUGGCGCAACGGACAUGUUCGUUGGAGGGAAUUACCUUUGGCCGCUCCGCUGAGAUCCCUAUACACAGACCCCAGUUUGAGAGUAAAUACAGAUAUGACAUUAGUCGACCUCUUUUUACGUUUCCUUUCCGUCUAUGUUCGGAUAUUCAAGGUGAUGCUAUGUGGAUCCGCGAUCAGAUUCAUACGAGUAAUGACAUCACUGCCGCCCGUGAUCACGCUGUAAUGCAUAUGUCUAAAUUUUGGGAUGAGAACCCCUUGGAUUCACGAUGGAAUUACAACAAUAAAACCAUCUACCAGCAACAGCCGGCUUACACGGCCGUACACUGCCCAAACCCGGUCGGUGGUCCGACCGGUUCAAAUCUGGGAUCGUUACUCGUUACUCUGCCUGACCAUUACAGCACCAUACAAUUCACUGUGAUCAAGAAGACAUCUCGCAUACUGUCUCGGCACUUUCCGAAUUACUUUUAUAUAGCCAGAACGCAUAUGCCAAAACUGAAAUGCAUCAACACGGUGAGGAGAAUGAUUAUUGCAAGGCCGACGACCGUGUGUUUACGUGCUUGUCCAACAAUCAAGAAACGGACGAUAUAA